UAUGUACUGAAUUUGACAACUUCAGUAAAUGAAGAAUUACAGUCUGAAGGAUCACAAUUUCCAGUUAUAUCCUCCUGGGACCCACUGUCCAUUUAAAUGGACAAUCAGUUUUUCAAUCUUAAUAUUCUUAAUAUAUAUUUUAGCGACUUAAAACCCACAAAACAUUAUAUUGGACAUGUAAGUGCUGCCAUCUACACAUACUUUGCGUGAACUGAGCGCGAACACCUGUUCUUAAAUUUGGUUUUUAUAGUGGUGCAAUGGCGGCGUUUCGCAAUCUAACUUACGAUGCAAUAUUUGGCAAUAAUAAAUCCCUUAGACCUGGAGUUGAUGACGAGAAACUUCUUGAGCUACUAAAUGCCGAUUGUUCCGACAUAGACAUAUCAGAUGAAGAAAACGAAUUGGAUCCUGAACCUGAAGAAAUAUUUAACGACGAACUCCAAAAUGAGCAAACGGAGGAGGAGGCGGCAAUUGAUCAAAGAGAAGAAAGGGAAGACAGCGAGGAAGAUGAUGAUGAAGAUGAUCUACUUCCGUUGAGUGUUGUUCGAGACAAUUUACUUGUAGCUCAAGCUCAAAAUAGCACCAGCAAGGCAAAGCGGACAUCUUGGAAAAGAAAAUCCACCUUUACACCUCCUAAUUUUGACUGGACCGAACCUGAAAAUGACUUUGAAAGACGUCUCGCUUGGACGGCAAAGGAUUAUUUGUCCAUGUAUUUCACGGUGUUAUGUUGGUUGCAGAAUACGAGAAAAACCAGUGGAGUGACAUGUUAAUUACGAUAUGUGUUUUGAGAAUGUAAUCAUUUGAUUUAAUAAAUUCAUGUGUUAUGUGUUA